AUGCAACCAAAUCUGCCCUGGGUCACCUCAGGAAGCCCGGGCAAGUACACUGGCGCCGUGUUUCUCAAGACCGUCGGUACCAUUGUUACCAAAGUCCCUGACGGUCAAGGCAAAAUAAUCUAUAAUUCCGGAGAUUCCUACUACGAAGGACAGUGGCAAAACGGUAAACGAUGGUACAAAGGCGAAUAUUCAUGUCCGGAGUACAUCUACAACGGCGAGUGGCGUCGUGAUGCGCCGAACGGUCAAGGAGAAAUCCGAUGGAAAACUAAGGGUUCUUAUACUGGUAGCUUCGUCAACUGGAAAUGCGAAGGUUCAGGGAUCAUGACUUCAGUGGGAGGCGACACUACCAACGGGACCUGGAAGGCCGGCAAGCUGCAUGGAAAGUUCACGCGGCACGCGCUUGAUGGAUCGUAUUAUACGGGCACCUGGGAUAGCACAACAAACACAGGACAGGGAUCCGGGCUCCGUCACAGCGCCGACGGGUCCGUAUAUGAAGGAUAUAUGAAAAUCAAAUGGGUUCUUCAUGGCCGUGGAAAGCUGACACGUCCAAACGGGACAGUUAAAACUGGAACUUGGAGGGAUGGGCAUUUCCAGCACACUUAA